AUGAGAGAAGAAGAAGUUGAGAAGAGAAAAGAAUCUUAUACAAGGUCCGUUCUAUUCAUGAGACCUACGGGAGGAAUCAGUAAGAAGAAUACUUAUAGCUUUAACAACUCCAAGAAGCGGUUUAAUCAACCCUCAAGGAAUCAAUCUGGUGGACCCAUGAGGAGUCAAUUCAAUAGACCUCUGAGGAGCCAGGUCAGUGGGGCACAGAGCUCUUACAAGGGUUCUACAGCUCCUAUCACUAGCACUGCCAACAAUCAAAGGUGUGCCAAGUGUGGGACGGUGCAUCAAGGAAAUUGCAUUACCUGCUUCAAGUGUGGGAAAUCAGGCCAUAUUUUUAGAUUCUGUGAGGAAGGCUCACAAGGGGUCAAUGAUACCAGAAUUGCCGUCUCAGGAAGAGUGUUCGCUCUAUCUCAACAAGGAGUUGAUGCUACCCCUAAUUUGAUUAAAGGUAUUCUCAAGCUCCAAGGCUUUGAAACUCAAGCUUUAUUUGAUUCUGGUGCAACACACUCAUUUAUAUAUGAUGAUUUUGUUUCUUGUUUAAGCAUGCAUACGUAUGAAUUGCCUUGUGAUUUGAUUGUUUCUACACCGGUGGGAGUCUCAGUGAAAACUUCUAAAGCAUGCUUGAAUUGUAUGAUUGAAUUUGAGGGUAGAACAUCCACUAUAGAUCUUGUUUGUCUACCCUUAAAGGGUAUUGACCUGAUUGUAGGAAUGGAUUGGUUGUCAGCGAAUGAUGCCAUCCUAGAUUGUAGAAGGAAGACCAUUUUCUUUGCCGGUCGCCUUCGCUAG